AUGAAGGUCUUCAGCAACAAGGUCACAUACAACUACUCCUGGGACGAGGUGUCCACAGCAAACUGGACAAAGUACGGCCCCUGGAACAACAAGUCUGAGCAUGUAAUUGCCGUCGACACCCUCUCCCGCGAAGUCGACCCCGCGACCGGUAUCCUUCGCACCGAGCGGCUGAUCACCUGCAAGCAAACGGUGCCCGAUUGGAUCAAAACCAUCAUUGGUGGUACUGGCGACGAGAGCUUCAUGUAUGAGGCUAGCUACGUCGACCCCAUCAACAAGACCGUCACAAUGGUUAGCCAGAACUUGACAUGGAGUAACCUCGUCAAUGUUCAGGAGGAGGUAGUCUACAAGCCUCUCGGCGACCACCAAACACAGUUCAUCCAGAACGCCAACAUCACUGCUCUCUGCGGUGGCUGGCAGCGAAUCAAGAACAGCAUCGAGGACACCAUGGUGUCCCGCUUCCGCGAGAACGCUGUCAAGGGCCGUGAGGGCUUCGAGCGCGUUCUGAUGAUGAGCCGCAAGGCUUUCGCUGAGGAGAAGGCGCGCCAGAUUCUAUGA